AUGAGGAGCCCAGAAGGCUUCCUCCUUUGCUUGCUGCUGCUGGUGGCCUCCUGUUGCACAGAAGUGGCCACCCAGGAGGCCCAGCCUGAGCCUAAGAUGCCGUGUGCCAACUGGAUGGGAGGAGCACCUGGCUACCCCGGCCACAACGGGCUCCCUGGCAGGGAUGGGAAAGAUGGAAAUGACGGACCAAAGGGAGAGAAAGGAGAACAAGGUAUGCAAGGUCCUAAAGGUGACCAAGGUGCUGUAGGAAUCCCAGGGCCAAGAGGAUUUCCUGGAACCCCAGGGAUGAUGGGACAGAAGGGCGAAGGUGCCUUCAUCUACCGCUCUGCCUUCAGCGUGGGCCUGAAGGAACGAGCCCCCCACCCCAACGUCCCCAUCCGCUUCACCAAGAUCUACUACAAUGAGCAGAACCACUACGAUGCCAGCACUGGCAAGUUCCUCUGCAGCAUCCCGGGCACCUACUUCUUCUCCUACCACCUGACAGUCUACCUGACAGACGUCAAGGUCAGCCUCUACAAGAAGGACAAGGCAGUGAUCUUCACCUACGACCAGUUCCAACAGAACAAUGUUGACCAAGCCAGCGGCUCUGUCUUGCUGCACCUUAGCAGUGGGGACGAGGUCUGGCUUCAGGUGUACGGGGAGGGGGAAAACAAUGGUGUCUACGCUGACAACAUUAAUGAUUCCACUUUCAUGGGCUUCCUCCUGUAUCCAGACCUGAGUGUCCAUUAA